UGCUCCUUCGUCUUCUGCGUCGUCCGCGAGCCCGCAAAUGCAUCGCGCGACCGGAGGAGCCACCGUCUCAGUCGCACACGUUUCCUUCUAACGUCGGGCGCUCACAAACACUGUAUCGUCGCCGCCACAAAUCAUUUCAAGUCCGUAAAACCGUACACACACACACACACACUCCAUUCGAUCGUAUUAUAGUAUAAUCGAUACGCCGCACCAAAGUCCAGCAGUCGCCUCCGAAGUUUCCAGCUCAGAUAUCCGCGCCUACUCGAACCGCUGUCACCAGCAGACAUGAAGCCGUUCAAUCUCACGGUGUUGCUGUUUUGUCUGGUUACCUAUGGAUAUGGUAGACCAUCGACUAACGAAGAAUCCGACGAAAUCUCGAGGGAUGCUAAGAAGGACAAGUACUUCCAACACGAUAACGUAGGCGAACUCCCUGAACGUCAAACGGAAUCUUCGACCGCGGAAAACGUGUUGGACAGACUGAAAUCGCUAGCGCGUCUGCGAAUGGCGGACACGCAAAGACCGUCCGCUGCGACCGACACUUUUAGCCGGGAAGAGCUGGAGGCACUCAGAGAGCUGCUGGACAGGAACUUGCGAAAAUAUCAGAACUACGACGCGUACUCGGCCAACGGCAGGAAACGGCCUGCGAACGAUCCGUACACCGGCCAAAUCGUUCAGAAGCCGCAGAACACGGGACACCAAUCGGUCACCGGCAACCGUCAAGACGGCCACGAUCACAGCAAUAACAACGAAAACGGCGACGAUGAGAUGAAACGCGUCGAAUCGCAACAGAUGCCCAUCAGGCGGAAGAUCAUCAGGCGCACGGUGUUCGCGAUGCCACUGGGCCGCAGUGGCGUGGGAAACGACAUGAAUCGGCUGUACGGAGGGGACGCGGACGACCUCGGCAGGAUCAACUGGUCGUCGCCGUGGGCCGAUUACUUCCCGAUACUGAUCAAGGACCCGUUGCAGACGAUGAUGAACUCGUUUUCCGAGAUCAUCGAGUACGGGCCGGCCGCAGACAUUUGCAAGCGCGCCGAACCGACGGGCGGCAGCGGUCGGGGCGCGCGUACGUCGCGGUCGGCCGUCAGACCGGCAACGUUGAAACGGUCGCGCCGGAACACCGGGUCGGCGGCGGUAGAGGAAAAGGGCGUGCUGAACCACGUGAGGCCGUACAAGCCUCACGGGCACCACACGUCCACGACUACCGAGGCGCCGAAGCUGUACCACUGGACCACGGACAGGCAGGCCGCCGAGCACAACGGCGACAUGGGGCCGCAGAUCAAGAGACUGGUGGUGAGGCGCGGCGGCGUGGCCAUAGCCGGCCCCGGGGGCAUAGCGACCGCGGGCUCCGGGGGCACGGCCAUCGUGGGCCCCGGCGGCUCGGCGUACAGCUCCAAGGACACGGCGUCCGGCGCCACGGCCGACGCGCAACAGCCGUCCGGCAUCUCGAUGGCCGGUCACGGGCCGCAGAUGGUGCAGGCGCCGCUCGGUUACUACGCGCCGUACCCGCAACAGCAGCAGCAGUACAACGGCGGCUUCGGUCGGAGCGUGGACGGCGGUGGCACGGCCGUGCUGUCCGCGGACGGCGCGACGUACACGUUCCCGGCGGCGUCCCGGGGUCUGACGGCCGCGGGCCGGUGGACCGGCGGCGACGGGGACGCGCGGCCGUACGCGGCGUCCACGGCGCGCGAGAUCGUUCUGCCGGACGGCGCCAAGCUCAUAGCCACCGGGCCGAUAGUGUACUACAACCCGGAGCCGUUGUCGCGGAAAAAGUCGCGCAAGGGGAAGAAAGGCGGCGCCAAAUCGAGACGCGACCAGUAGUGACCUUGGACGUAGUUCCUCGGCGACGACGACAACAACUCAAGACUGCACGCACGACCACGCAUUAGAAAUAAUUUAUUUAACUACUACUAUCCAUUAGAGGCACUGUUCGCACUAACUUUAGUCUUAAGUACUCCUACGUUGUAUAAUAAUUGUAAUAAUAAUAAUAAUAAUAAUAAUAAUAAUAAUUUAUGUUUGUAGUUUAAGUUACAAUGUUACGCGUUGAACAACAACCGUAUGUAACAUCGUUUGUACAGCAAGCCCUUGUUACGCGGUACGUGUUUCGCGAAAACGGUUUACAGCCAAUCCGCGUACCGCGGCCGUGCACGCGAGGGCCUACUCGUUUGCUGUCGUGUUACGAACAAGAGAAACGCGUUUCGCGUCCAUUGCGCUGUUAUCGUUAGUCCAUAAAAUGUAAUAUUUAUUCGGUUUACCAAUCGCUGUUGUGUUCAUCGAUCCAUUAACGCACCGAGAUGUGUCCCCGGCGGUACCGUCCCUAACAAACGUAAUCCCUGACGAACGUCCCGAACACCGUUCAAUCACGUCUGGAUACCGAACACCCGGUACGUGGUGCACGCGUUUACACUCCGACGGGUAUGAUUACGUACGGCCAUAGUUUACCGCCGUACCGUUUACGAGUGGAGUAGAUUCUUUGUCGCGUGGAUAAUUUUUAGAUGUUCCGCGUCACCGUUUAACGUUAACGUAAAAGAACGCGCUCGUAAAGUGAAAUUCGUGGCUACGAGAGCCGUACGUAUUCGUCAUUGAGUACGCGACACAAUAAGCUUCGAUACGUCGUAAUGCUAUUGUUUCGAUAAUAAUUAGCAUCGCGCCGUCGGCUAGAUAAAUAUACGUGUACACUGAAGUUAUGUUCGAUUUUCCAACUUAAAACUGUAUAUCACUGCGUUAUCAAAUAUUAGCGAUACUCCACCGAAUACGGUCGAUAUCGUUUUAUAGAUAUUAUUACUAUGUACACUACACGUGCAAAACGAGUACGAGCAAAAAAGAAAACGUACCGAAUGUUAUACGUAAUUAUUACAAACUCGAUACGUAACGAUAUCGUAUCACCUGUUGACUGAUGGAUGAUUUUCAUCCGUGUACUCCCAAUAACUUAACACGAUUGUUUCACUUCAUAUCACCGAAUUGUGCACAGCGUGUUUAUUACUAGUCGAAUAAAACCUAUUAGUUGUGUCUUCAAACGAAUAUAUUACACACACACACACACACACACACACACACACAUACCUAUGACGUACAACGCAUCUGCAUUGAUGCAUGUCAGUAGGUUACAACUUAUCCGCGGAUGUGACACGAAGUACCACACUUGUUUACUUAACCAACAUAACCAUAUGUACGAAACGAGUGAAAAAAGUAAAAACUCGGAGUCGUCUAAACUCAAAACAACGAGUGGCUGUUCUAGAAAUCUUUAUGUACUAAGUAAACAAUUUUCUUCUUUUAAUGAUAUUCGAUCGGAAUAAAACCGUGUGAAAGUAGACACAUACAUUGUGCUACCGAUAAAAUACUUUCAAACAAAAUUAAUUAGAAUGAAUGUUCUUAAAGCACGUGAUCGUUUUAUUCAAUUGUUGUUAUAACUGUCGUCGAAGGGCACGUCGUUGACUGUUGCGUGAACACACCGAAAAAAUGCGUUUCGAAUGACGAAUGAACACGUGAAUUGGCAAACCGUUAAGAUCUCCUCUUAGUGUUCGUCAUUAAAUACAAAAAAAAAA